AGAAAGGUGGAGAAAAGUAAUCCUGGGCCCCUGAUGCCCAGAGAAAUGUCCUCCUGGAGGGAAGAGUGCAUCUGCAUUCAGGAACCAUCCACCAGGCAGCUGGAAACAUCUGCCACGAGUAGGUGUGCCAGGAGUCUGGUGAGGUCGGCGGCAUCUAACUGGGUGGUGCUGGGAAAGGAGGGGUCCAGGUGCCUUCUGGGAAUAGAGCUCUCUCCCGGCCUGAUCUUCUUGGCACCUGUGUGUCAGGUCAGCCCUCCCUCAUCUGCUAAUACCGGCUGCAGGCCAAGAGGCUUAGGUGGGUCUCCAUGGCAACCGCAGCUGGCCUGCCUUCGGGAACUGCGGGGAGUUGUGGCUGGGCUCUGGGGACCGACGCGCACUCCACAAACACCAGCCCAGCUGGGGCCUUCCUCCAGUUGGUGCCUCCAGUAAAACUUCUCAGACAGGAGAAGCAGAGAGCACCGGAGGCCGCCGGCAGCGGAAGAGGCAGAGAGAGGCUGUGAGGAUGCUGUGCACCCCUCUACCUCUGCCCCUGUACAACCGCUCAGCUUCCCACCUUCCCUAGACCGGGAAGCGGGAAGCGGGAAGCAGGGCCCCUACGGUGUCACUGCCCCGGAAGGAGGUGGAUCUCAGCAGGGCCUGGAGGACCAUGUCCCUCAUCCCGUGGCUCCGGUGGAACGACACCCCACCCCGGCUGUCAGCCCGGAGCCCGGCGGAGAUGGUGCUGGAGACGCUGAUGAUGGAGCUGGCUGGGCAGCUGCGGGAGGUGGAGAGGCAGCAGAGAGAGCGUCGAAGCGCGGCCAGGAAGGUCUGCACUGGCGUGGACUACAGCUGGCUGGCCAGCACGCCCAGGCCUGCCUAUGACCUCAGCCCUGGGGAGCGGCUGCAGCUGGAGGAUGUGUGUGCCAAGAUCCACCCAUCCUACUGUGGGCCUGCCAUCCUCAGGUUCCGACAGCUGCUAGCCGAGCGGGAGCCCGAGGUGCAGGAGGUGGCGCGGCUCUUCCGCUCCGUGCUGCAGGAGGCCCUGGAGAAGACGAAGCAGGAGGAGGAAGCCCAUAAGCUGACGCGUCAGUGGAGCCUGAGGCCCCGCGGCAGCCUGUCCUCCUUCAAGAGCCGAGCGCGCAUCGCGCCUUUCGCCAGUGACAUCCGGACCAUCUCGGAGGACGUGGAGCGCGAUGCGCCACCGCCACCACGCACCUGGAGCAUGCCGGAGUUCAGGGCACCCCAGGCCGACUGACCUCCCUGGGCGGCCACCUGCAGGAGGGAAUGACAGGCCGGUUUCCGGGGUGCCGGUGCUGGAACCUCCCCACCUACCCGGAACAGGAGACCCACCAAACAGCACAGCUGAACCACCUGAGCCACCUACCCAAGUGCGCACACCUGCUUGGCUACAGGGAGGAGUCAGGACUGGAGCCCUGUUCCUCCCCAGCAAGUCUCCACUUCCCAGCCUGAUGCAUACACAAGGCCUGGUGUUGGAGCAGGCACCUUCCCAUCUCCUACCACUGUCUGGAACAAGGAACAAGUGUCCGCCUCUUUGGCAAGGCCUGCGUUCUCAUCCCAAUCUCCAGGAUGCCCCAUUCACCCCACCCAUUUGGGGCACCUUUUCUGGUGACCAGAUGGCACUCACUGCAGGGGAGCCACAGCCUCGGGCCCAGGACAGCUGGUAGGGACCACAGAGACCUCACUCUUCAGCUAGUGAGUGAAAAAUGGAGUCUCCCAAGGAUCUCACUGCUUUUGCCUUAACUCUGAUCCCUCCAGUGUGGAAUUGUUCCUGCCUUUGAGUCCUUGGGCUAUGAUGGGACAGGACCAUGGCUGCUUGUCCACCCAUUGUAGCCUUACCUAUCCCUUACUACCACGUGGGUCGGGGUGGGGCCAAGGCUGCUCUCCAAGAAAAGCAGCUAGGGAUAGUUAGGAUGACCAUAUUCCCCAGGAUGUCAUCCGUGGGGUGUGGCCAGUCCAGAGUCAGGGCUCGGAAGCCUUCAGACCUGCUGCUGGAGCCAAGGCAUCUGAAGUCCAGGCUUCUGUUCACGCCAGCUCUCCAGCUUUCCUAGGUCACCUCUGGUGCCUGAGAAAACCAGUCCCAAGUAGCGUCCUAUAGCUUCAUGCUCUAACUGAUGGUGCAUGUGUGGGUCACCUGUGAAAAAUCUGGAAGGCCAGGUUUCCCCCCCCCUCCGGGGCAGAAGUGGGGUUCAGGGUAGUGGGUGAGCAAAGUGUCCUUCUCUAGUUCCCAGUGCAUGCCCAGAAAACACAAGUGAACCUUAUAAUAGUUCAAAUAGGGGAGAGAAAUCACUGGGUAAUGCAUGUAGUCCCUGGCUCAGUGGGAAGUCUGUGUGUGUGUGUGUGUGUGUGUGUGUGUCCUCCCCUUCCCUCUCCUCUCCUCUCCCUUCCCCUCCCCUCUUCUCUCUCCUCUUCCCUCUCCUUUCCCCUUCCCUCCCUUCUCCCCUCCCCUCCCCUCUCCUCUCUCCUCCCCCUUCCCUCUUCCUCCCUCUCUUCUUCCUUUUCCUUCAAGACAGGGUCUGACUAUUCUGGCCAGCUGGUCAUGUGAUUCUCCUGCUUCAGCCUCUUGAGUGCUGAAGCUACAGAAUAGAUAGAUACUGUUUCUAAGUGAUCUGGUUUGGGGUUACUUCACUGGAAUCUGGAUAGAGAAUGACAGGAUGGCACACACCUCUUGUCCACCAUUGUCAGGAAGAAGGAUCUGAUUGGCUCUUUAAUAUAAUCACUUCUAAAUAAAAACACCUUAAGCAUGUCUUUUACUGGAA